AUGUCUUCCAUUUUCUGUUGCUCUUCCCCAUCUCCUUAUCGGCCGGCCCAUCUUGCUCACGAGGCCAAGUUUAGCCCAUUCAUUGCUUGGGCUAAAAGGUCCGAAUCAUCUCCCUCUGCUGCUUCAGCUUCUUUUUUCCAGGAUCCGGAUAGGCUGCCCUCUUACGCGGUUCAAUUUGUCCGACAAAUCAAUUUUGGUGCUCUCGAGGCCAAAAGAUAUUUCAUCCCUAACCCCGAAGAAAGUAGUGGGGGUGAUUUUGUGGAGAUUACCGAGCAAGACUUGAUUGCUGGAAACUUUCAAAAGCUCAAUUCGUACAAGAACUUCAAGUGCACGACGCAUGACAAGUUCUUUGAAAUCAAUCUAUAUCAAAAGGACCCGGUUAAUCGGCACCAUUGGCGAUUGAAUAUCGCUCGGCCAGCUAGUGAUAUUGAUCUUUGA